GCGGUUUACCCUGGACCGGAAAAAAAAAACCGGUUUUUUAACCAGUGCUUACGUGGACGGUAGAAUGGGAAUUCUUAAAACUUUGGCUGCAAUUUGGGAAUUGCGGUUCUUCUUGACCUUAAUUUGGGAAAGAGCUCACGUAUCUAUGGCCUAGAGUUGGUAAAAAAAAAACAAAAAAAAGAAAAAACCGACCCAAUUAAUUGUAUUCGAGGAGUAGUACGAGCAGCAAAUAAAACUUUCAGUCUCUCACUAAACAGUAAACACCUUUCUCACUUAGGUUUUUUAUUCCUCCUCUUUCUCUCUCUUCUCCUCGCCUCUUUCGGCCGCAGACCACUCACCGGCGGCAGUGCACUCCUCCCUCUCCGAAGACGCUAACAAUGGGGAAGAAGAGAGGAAGAGAGAGAAUGGUUAAUUCUCAGCCUUUCCUAGCUGACCAACCCACCGUUGUUUCUAAAAACCGCUCUAAACCUUCCAAACGCCACCAACAGCAAGAACAGAUGAUUUCCAACAAUAUGAGUGAUAAAAUUCUUAAGGAAGCGUUUAAGCAGCAGAAGGAAAUUGUUGACGAGGAGAAUGAUGACCAAAACCCUAAUAUUCCCUCCUUUUCUGCUGUAUUUCAUAAUGAGGAUGAAGAUGAGGAAGAUUUUGAUGACUUUGCGGGGUUCGCUGAGACUCAAUCCCAGAUUAAUGAUUAUGAGGAUCAAAUUAAUGAAGAGGAUGAGAGAUUGUUGGAUGCCUUUUUGUCCAAAGAUGCUGGUCCACAGCGCACACUCGCGGAUGUUAUUGCUGCUCGCAUUAAAGAAAAAGAUGCUGCUGUGACCUCUGGAGGGAAACUGAUGGACAAAUUAGAUAACAAGGUUAUAGAGCAUUACAAGACGAUGGGGAAGGUUUUAAGCACUUAUACUGCAGGAAGAUUACCAAAAGGAUUUAAACAUAUCCCUUCUGUGAAGUGCUGGGAGGAGAUUCUACAUCUAACUGAACCUGAAAAAUGGUCACCUGCUGCAGUAUACCAGGCUACUAGAAUAUUUGCUUCCAACAUGAAUCGAAUGAGGGCGGAAAGAUUUUACAAGCUUGUGCUUCUUCCGCGAGUUCGGGAAGACAUCAGAAAACAUAAAAGGUUGCAUUUUGAGUUAUAUCAAACUUUGAAAAAAGCUCUGUACAAACCAGCUGCUUUCAAUAAAGGGAUAUUACUCCCCCUUUUUAAGUUUGGAAAUUGCAAUCUUCGGGAAGCAGUUAUCAUAGGUAGUGUGAUCCAGAAAAUGUCUAUCCCUCCUGCUCAUUCAAGUGUUGCGUUGUUGAGGCUAGCUGAGAUGGAUUACUGUGGGACUACCAGCUAUAUAAUCAAGAUUUUUAUUGACAAGAAGUAUGCUUUGCCUUAUCGUGUGCUGGAUGCUUUGGUUGCACAUUUCAUGAGAUUUCUAGAAGACUCACGGGUCAUGCCUGUGAUCUGGCAUCAGACUCUUCUUGCUUUUGUUCAGAGGUACAAACAUGAAUUACGAAAGGAAGAUAAAGAUAAUCUUAAUAUAUUAAUGCAAAACCAAAGGCACUAUUUGGUAACACCUGAGAUUUCUAGAGAGCUUAAUAAUAGUCGUAAUCGCGGUGAAAAAGAAGAUGAUUCUAUGAUGAUGUUAUCUGUUAUCAAUAAGCCAAUCCAGGAAGACAGGUUUGAUAUACCUGAAGUGCCAAUGGAAGAAGAUGACUAAGAGUUGGUACCUUGUCCAUCGAUCUUGUCUUUGUGAGCUGGACUUUCCGAAAAUUUUGAUAGUGUUUUCAUCCUUAGUGAAUUUAUAUUAUUUAUUUAACACCGGGAGUUUCUGCUUCCCAUGUUUUGACUUGUGUAUUAGCAUUUGUUGAAAGACCUUGUAUGAUUAUUUGAGAUUGAGAUGCUUUGCAAAGUGAUACAAAGACCUUGAGCUUAUAAUUUGCCGUA